AUGACCACACUCAGUAGUCUUGUAAGACUUCAUACAUUUUUUACGCCUACCUCCGGCAUUCAGAGCAGAUUUUACUCUCUUUUACAAGGUUUUUUCGAUCUGCGCCGAAAAAGUGAAGCAGAUUUAGUUGCGAAAAAGUUAGGCGAUGAUGCAAAGUUAAGCGCCCGAUCCGAGAAUUUCGAAGUUCGUGUAUUUCUUGUGAUAUUGGGUUGGUUUUGUAUCCAGCUCCAAAUUAAUUUUGUCCACCAUUGGUGUCUACGAAAGACGAAUCCGAAUCCUGGUAAUCGUAAUACAGGUCUUGAUGCAGUAGAAUACGAAGAAGCAAUGGAAGUGGAGCAACCUUUAAGCGAUACUUCGGAGCAUGACCCAUCCUCAGAUGAUGAGCAACACCCUUGGGUUUAUAAUACCGUGAAAGGAUGUUGUGGGAACACUUGCGAGCAGACGGAUACCUCCAUGGAAGCGUAUGAUGAGAAUGAUGAAGCCAGAGCCUCAGGUGUUAUUGAAGCUGUUUUCGACAACAUUCUGCGUCAUAAGGAAGCAGCUGUGCGUGCAGACAUUCGCGUACUUGGAGGAUCGGGAAUGAUACGAUGCCUACCUUGGAAGAUACUUGUAAUAUUUCAUCCAGUAGAUACUCAAUCGACAAUCGGUGUUUUUGUACAGUGUAAUGCUGAGAGUGAAUCGCAAACAUGGAGUUGCACUGCCAAGGCAACGAUUCAGUUAGUUGCUCAAAGACCGAAUUGUAAAAACAAGGAAAUGAAAAUUCAACACACUUUUACACACAAAGAAAAUGAUUGGGGUUUUCAGCAAUUCAUUAGUUAUGACGAGCUGUUUAGCCUUGAGAGAGGUUUUUUAUCACCGACAGAGCCAAAAGAUACCAUUAUUAUUCGUGCUCAUAUCAAGGCUGACGCUCCUCAUGGCGCUGAUUGGGACUCCAAACGCCAUACUGGAUUUGUUGGUUUGAAAAAUCAGGGUGCUACUUGCUACUUAAAUUCUCUUCUUCAAGCAUUGUAUUGCACAAAUAAACUACGACGUGCAGUUUUCCUAAUGCCUACAGAGAGUGAUGAUGCUCAAACUAGUGUUCCAUUGGCAUUACAACGAGUAUUUUAUGAACUUCAGUUUAGUACUCGUGCAGUAGGUACUAAAAAGUUGACUCGCAGUUUUGGUUGGGCCACCUUAGAUUCAUUUAUGCAACAUGAUGCUCAAGAAUUAUGCCGUGUCUUAUUAGACAACCUGGAAAACAAAAUGAAGGGGACAUCAGUUGAAGAUGUUAUACCUGGUCUUUUUUGCGGUAAAAUGCUUUCUUACAUAAAUUGCAUCAACGUUCCUUAUUCUUCCAAAAGAGAGGAGAACUUUUAUGAUAUUCAGCUUAAAGUUAAUGGAAAUCGUUCCGUUUAUGAUGCUUUCAAUGAAUACAUUGCAAAAGAGACUCUUUCACAGGACAAUAAAUAUGAUGCUGGUGUUUACGGACUCCAGGAGGCUGAAAAGGGUGUCAUAUUUACACGAUUUCCUCCAGUACUGUACCUACAGUUAAUGCGAUUCCAGUAUGACUUUGUUGCUGAUACAAAUAUUAAAUUAAAUGAUCGUUUCGAAUUUCCUUAUAUUCUGAAGCUAGAUCAGUUUCUGGCAGAACCUAAACCAUCGACUUACAAACUUCAUGCUGUACUUGUGCACUCUGGUGAUAAUCAUGGUGGUCAUUAUGUUGUAUAUAUAAAUCCAGCUUUGAAUGGUAUUUGGUAUCAGUUUGAUGAUGAUGUUGUCUCACGUUGCUCACCUCGCGAUGCUAUUGACAUGAAUUUUGGGGGUAGCGAUGAUCCAGAUAUGCGUCUGUGCACCAAUGCUUAUAUGUUAGUCUACAUCGCCGAAUCAACUAAAGACGAUGUAUUAUGCCCCGUUUCUGAGUUUGAUAUUCCUGAGACUUUGCGUGAACGAUUCAUGGAUGAACAAAGGAUGGAUGAAGCUAAAAGAAGGCAAAAGGAAAAAGUUCAUCUAUACACUGCUAUUCAUCUAAUUCUUGAGGAGGAUUUUUAUGGUUGGCAGGGUCCAGAUUUGUGUAGUCAAGAGUUCCUACCCAGCCGGAUGCUACGUGUUCAGAAACAAUCUAUUCGCCCAAAAUUGUUGGAAGAUGUUGCUACUGUGUUGCAUUAUCAACCUGAGAACAUACGUUUGUGGAGAUUUCAACCUCGUCGUAAAAACGUACCUACUCAUCUAAUUGAACUUGGUGAUAACCAACCACUAUGUGCAAUGAAGGAUACGCUUAUAUUCUACGUUCAGUCUAACAUUUCAUCGAAUUCCAUUAUUUCUCGACCAGAUAAAGAACAGCUUGUUACAGAUCGACAUCUUUUUUUCUUAAAAUAUUUUGAUCCAUUUACUUGGACUUUGACGUUUUGUGGUCAUGUAGAGAUUGGAAGGGAUGAACCGUUAAGGGUUAUUGAAACAGUAGCUCGAGAACGAGCUGGAAUACUUUCCAGCUGUAAACUGAUUUUUUAUCAGGACGAUACAAAAUCUUUGAUUUCUGAAAUCUGUCAGCUUGAUAUUCCAGUAUCAAAAAUGUUUAAACGAGAGAUUCAGGGUCAAAUUCUCUACUUUCAAGCUAAGUCAGUGAAUUGCUCCAUUCCAUUACCUUUUGGAUUGAUGGAAACUACAGAAGUUGGUAAAGAAGCAUUGAGCAGUUUAACUGAAGAAGGAAAUAUUUCAUUAUCGACUGCAGAUAGUUCUGUGCAUUCGGAAAAUAGUCAGGUCACUGGAGUGAAUGGUGUAGUUGUUGCCUCACAUACAGUUGAAGAUAAAGUGUGUGGUAGUCCAAGUGCAUCUGAGUCUGUUUCUCUCAUUUCACAGAUGGCCGUUGAUUCCAUCGCAUUGCAUAAACUAGCAACUUUUCCAGUCUCAAGUAUUAGAUCUCGUUCAUCUAUGCAUAUGAUGGGUCAGCCAUUUGCGCUGGAUUCACAGACGCAAUCAAUAUUGUCUGCGGAUAAAUUGUCGAUUUUCGAUUACUUCAGCAGUUACAUACGUCAGUUCGAAAUCUUGUUGGUGGAUAAACUACGACCUUGUGAUGCUGGAAUUCUCAUUCAUGUAUCCGCCGACCUUACCUACUGGGAAUUCGCCAAUAUUGCUGCCGCCCACUUAUCGACACAAAGUGAUCGACUUCAGUUUUUCCGUUCACAACAGGGAUUUGGCAAUGCAACAGAGGCUGUCAGUACUCCACUAUACGUUUCUCCUGUGACUACGGGUGCUGGCUUGGCUGGCAACGAACUCACAUCUUCUCCACUCAGUUCAGAAGCGACAACCAAUACAUGUGGUCCAAAUAGUGUUGGCUCUUUGGAGAGUGGAACUGUUGGGGUCACAGGGACACCUGUUAAUCCCCACCUAUUAACAGCAAAAUCAUCUGGUUUCCCAACAUCUUCAGCCUAUCUAAAUUCCCUCGUAGCUGCUGCAGCUGCUCAAGGUCUUGCUAGAGAACCUCCAGGUGCUGCAAUAAGUUCUUCACAUUCGGGUACAUUACAGGAAUUUUUCCUUCCGUUUACUGUUGCCCCAACAAACAACUCAUGGGCCUCUGAUGUUGGUGGUGUUGGUUUAGUUAACAGUGGAAAUGCAUUAUCAGGAACAGGUGGAAACGCUACCACUCCAGAUCGUUUCCCAGUACCUCUUAAUCGUUUUUGUGGUGCUGCCACUGUCAAUCGUUCACCUUUUGGUCCAGUUACAUCUCCUCCUCCACGCCGUGUGUAUUACGCCCAUUUGGCUAUUCGAAUAGAUGAACUUGAAACAAUGCGUCAGGUACGAGUGAUUUAUGUUGGACAGAAACUUUCUGAAAAGGCAGAAUUAAUCCUUUCAGUUCCUCAGAAUGGCUUGGUUUCUGAUCUUCUUAAGGAAGCUGCUCGUCAUUUGAUUUUACCUCCCGGUGGUUCUGGGCAACUUCGUCUACUGAAAGUCUCUCGUAGUCGUAUUAUACAAGAGUAUCCACCAUCACAAAAACUUUCACUUAUUCCUGAAUCUGCAGUGUUCCCUCAAACAUUUGCAGGAGCAUCUCCUAUUCAUGGUCUUCGAAUCGAGGAAGUCCCUUUAGAUGAAUUAAAUUUGAAGCCAAAUGAAAUUGUGGUCUAUGUUUCUCAUUUCGACAAGGCGUUUACAGAAACCUUCGGAGUACCAUUCACUGUUCGUAUUCGAGAUGGCGAGAAUUACAGCGCUGUUCGUGAACGCAUACGUAGACGGCUAGAAGUACCUGAAAAAGAGUUUGAUCGCUGGCGGUUUGCAGUAAUUUUCCCUACAGAAGGUACUUAUAUUCCUAACGAAGAGGAUCCGAUAGUUCAGAUCAAAAGUUUCACUCACUACUGUGUUCCGGAAAGUCGACCAUGGUUAGGAAUCGAUCACAAGCCAUCCAAACGACCUCGUUACGCUCCAAAUGAAAAACCGAUCAAAAUUCAUAAUUGA